UUCCUGUGGCUACACGCGCGCGCGCACACCACCACCCCUAGAGGAUUCCCACCCAUGCCUCAGUUUCCCUGGCUGCUGACGGGCGACCCCUCUAGUGCACCAGCUAGCGACCCAGACUUGCAGCUCAGGAUGGCUCAGGCCACCGAAGGCCCGCACGCAGAGAAGAGCGUAGGAACCAAGUGACAGAUGGAAAAGGGAAGGAAGACAGGUCACCCGAAUCCCCAUGGAACGAGCCCAGACCUGCUCCCAGGCCGGGCCCCACCCACGCAAGGCGCCGCCUCGGGAAGCAGAGGGCAUCCUGGUCCGCUGCCGUGGGGAGUAAAUGACCCCACGCAGGCCGUGGGCUUUUGAGUUAAGAAAAUGCUGUGGAAAGGGAAGGUGACCUUCUGGUCCUGGUGGCUGAAGGAUGGCGGCAGCGGGGGACAGAGCUGGACGUCAGGGUGAAGGUGCGUCUGGACCCGCCCCUCCGAAGCUCCCUAUAAGGGCUGGGGAUCCGGGACUUCGGCUCACCCGCCAUGAGGACCUCUGGGAGCCCCGCGACCUUGCUGGUCUUCACAUUGCUCUGCACCUUUCUGGGCCUCGGACGCCCCCUGAGCUGCGAGGUGUGCAAGGGCUCCGGGCCCACGUGCACUGGAAAGAUACGGACGUGCGAGGAUGGCAAGGACGCCUGCGUGGUCAUCGUGGGCGAGUCUAGCACAAAGGGCCGCCAUUCCCUGAAUACCUACAAGGCCUGCAUGAAGUUCAAAGACUGCUACUCCGGCUUCGUGUCCACCACCAUGGGCCCCAAGGACUACAUGGUGUCCAACGCUCACUGCUGCCAGAGCGACCGCUGUAACCAGGGCGACUUGCCAGCUCCCCACAACAAUCGCACAGAGAACGGCUUCCAGUGCCCGGCCUGCAUCGCGCCCUUCCAGGAGACUUGCCCUGGCACCGAGGCGGCCCGCUGCGUCGGGCAGGAGACGCACUGCAUCUACUUCGCGGGCAACGUGCAGGCUGGCAUCAUCAACACCAGAUUUGCCACUCGGGGCUGCGCUACCGAGAGUGCCUGCUUCACCAAGGCUGGGUCCGAGGUGCCCUCCGCCUCCUACCUCUACUUCCUGCGCCGAGCCGACUGCCUCCCAGCCCGGUAUCGGCCUGGCCGGGCUGAGUGAAGAAGGGAUGAACCAGUGGCUGGAGGCUCCAUCUGCCCCGAGCCUACUGUUCUCUCUGUGCCUGUGAAUUAAAGGGUUAACCCAGGAA